AGGAGAGGGUUUUUCGUUCAAGAAGAAAAAACCCCAAAGCAAAGAAGAAAGGAGUAAAGGAGUUCUUUUUGUUGUUGGUUACUUUCGCGUAAUCGAAGUCGGAAGCCAUGGUUGAAGAAGCUCCAGUGUCCGAAUCCUCUAUUACGGAGGUAGAGAAUACUGAAGGCCUCAAUGUCUUAAAAACUCAGCCUUCUACCGAGGCCACCAUUGAAUCAAUCACUCAAGGAGGAGCUGAGUCUACUUGCAACAACGGCGCUGCCGCCGCUGUUCCCGAAACUUCUGGUGAAAACUCCGGCGAGGGGUCAAAAAAUUCGCUCGAGUUGGCCGAUGAAUUUAUGGAGAAGGGAUCCAAGGCCCUCAAAGAUUCUGAUUACAGUGAGGCUGCCGAGUGCUUCAGCCGUGCCCUAGAAAUCAGGGUUGGACGGUUUGGUGAGCUUUCUCCUGAGUGUGUCAAAACUUACUAUAAAUAUGGAUGUGCUUUGCUCUACAAAGCUCAAGAGGAGGCUGAUCCCCUGGGUUAUGUACCCAAGAAAGGGGGUGAACUUCAACAAGAGUCUGCGAAAGAUGAAUCUGCUAAGAAUGUCUCAAAUGGGGAAUCUUCCGUGGCUUCUGCUUCGACUAAGGGAGGAGAUUCUGUGCCAGUAGAUAAUCAAGGAGGAGCAGCUAAUGAUGUUUCCAACGAGAAUAAUGAUGAGGAUGCUGAUGGGGACAGUGAUGCUGAGGACCUUGCUGAAGCUGAAGCUGAAGCCGAAGCUGAUGAUGAUGAAUCAGACCUUGAUUUGGCAUGGAAGAUGUUAGAUGUUGCUAGAGCAAUUGCUGAGAAACAGUCAGGUGACACAAUGGAGAAAGUUGACAUACUAUCAACUUUGGCAGAAGUUGCACUUGAAAGAGAGGACAUUGAAACCUCCCUCAACGACUACCAGAAAGCACUAUCCAUGUUGGAGCGCUUGGAUGAAGCUGACAGUCGACAUAUAGCUGAACUAAAUUUUCGGAUAUGUUUGUGUUUGGAGAUUGGUUCUCAGCCUCAAGAAGCCAUUCAAUACUGCCAGAAGGCUAUAUCUGUUUGCCAGGCUCGGACACAGCGGCUCAAAAACCAAGCAAAUAGUGUAUCUGAAUCAACAUCCGCAUCAUCCACUUCUGAUACAGACAAACAGGCAGAGAUUGAAACAUUAACUGGGCUUGCUGGAGAUCUAGAAAAGAAGCUUGAAGAUUUGCAACAACUGGUAUCAAACCCGAAAUCAAUUCUUUCUGAAAUUCUAGGAAUUGCAGCUGCCAAAUCUAAAAGUGGCGAGAAAAGUGAAUCGUCAUCUUCAUCUGUGCUGCCAGUGAACUCGUCCUCCAUAAGCUCCUCUAAGAGCAAUGGGGGUUUUGACUCUCCAACUGUUUCUACUACUCAAGCUAGUGGAUCUUCUGGGGUCACACAUCUUGGAGUGGUAGGAAGAGGAGUCAGGCGAGUGGUGAUGACAGCAGACCCAACCCCAACCAAGAAACCGGCUUUAGAUUCUAAGGAAGAAGAUAAAAGUAAUGGCAACUCCUCUUGAAGGUUUAGGAAUUUAUUAUGUGCAAAUGAAGAAAACCUGAGUAUAAAGCUUGAGGUUAUGUUAAGUUUGGAAUACUGACGAACCUUUUAUGCGGUGACAAACCUUAACAUUUCUAAUAUUGAGUAAUGGAUUUACAAA